GAGUGUACCAGAGAUAAGAGGCGGAAAGAUAGAACAGCAGGGGCAGAUUGCAGAGAAAGCUCGAGAGCGGUGCCGGAGACCGAUGGCGAACCUUCGUUUGGCGAUAGACUCGGCGUUUUGGGACUUGAACGUGUCGUCUCCGCAGCUCAUAGAAGGUACCGCCAAGGCCGUCCCCGGAGAGCCUUCUCCGCUUGCUCUGGCCACAACGGCCCGUACUAUCCGCCCGCUGCAGCUGUCCUUCCUCGCUAACGCCUUGCCCCUCGGCCUGAUCCCAUCACUCGCUCCGUCUACUAGCAAGGACGUUGGCUCCUUCGCUAUUCAGUCAUUCUUAUUCACCCCCUCAGCUGACAACUGGUGGAUGGCAUUAGUUGGCCAAUUUCGUCCAAAAAAAUUAAUCACAAAUAUUAAGAAAGAAGUGGAACUUGGACUCGAAACUUUUAGACAUGGAGAUGAGCUAGAGUGGUCUCAGUUGAAGAGAUUUGCAAAACAUUUUGUGGACAAGUCACUCUAUGCAGUCGGUUUCUUCUCGCAACUUUCUUUGACAACAGACACAUCAUUACUUUUCAAUGUGGAAAACCAUGGAGAUAAGGUAGGACGGCGCACAAAAGCAAUGCUCUUGCACAAGCUCGAAAAUCAUGAUGUCACACUAGAAGCUGCAUGGCCUGAGUUGUUUGUGGACAGUAAGGGGAGUUAUUGGAAUGUUCCAACUUCAAUUUCUCUUGAUGUCUCGUCUCUAAUACCUGAUUCUGGGUUGGGAUACCGUUUUGGUUUACACAAGAAUGAUGGACAACCUCAGGCCCUCAAUUCUCCUUCUGGUGGCAUUCCCCUGACGCUUCUUCCUGGACUAUGUGCUAAAGCUGCUUUUUCUUAUGAGAAGAGCAUCGACCUUUGGAGGAAACCUGAAAAGGAUAGCAAAGCAAGAAAAUCAGUUGAAGAACUUGAUGAAUACUCCUAUGAUGUACGCCUUGGAGAACCCCAUGCAGCAAUAUCAGGAAUUGUUGGUGGUACUUGUGCGGCAUGGUUUGGUGGAGAUAAAAGUACAAAUGCCACUGUUGGGUAUCAACAGGAUGUUAGUGAAGCUGGUCAGUCUGUCAUUUUAAACAGCAAAAGAAGAAAUAGGUUUAGUGCUGACAUGUUUGGUUCAUUAUUGUACACACUUCAGCUAGGGGAGUUCAAGAAAGAUUUUAUUGAUCUUACUAGAAUAGAUGCUCGCUUUGACAUUCAUUCAGCUUCAUCAUUUGUCAAAGAUGCUGCUUAUCUUAUCUCUGACAUUGUCAAAGGCCGAGUUGACAGAGAAAUGAAUCCUCUUGCUUCCCCAAAGUUUAAUCUAAUCCUUCAACAACAGGUAGCAGGGCCUAUAGUAUUUCGCAUGGAUUCCCGGAUUUCUCUUGGUUGCCCAUCGCAGAAGCAGUUGUCUCGUGUAGAGGAUGUCAUGUUCGGCUUGAGCUACUCUUUCAGACUCUUACAGUCUGGAAAAAUAUUGGCUUGGUUUUCUCCUACGAGGAAAGAAACAAUGAUUGAGCUGCGACUAUUUGAGUUUUAGACUCGAUUAUGUUGUUUCGGUGAUUAUGAGUCUGUUAAAACUGUUUCACUCUAUAACAAUAACUUAUGUAUAAGGUAACAGUUGCCUGACUUCCUUGGCUAUUUGUUUAGAAAUUUGUUACAAGCAGGUUGCAGUCAUCAUCUGCAACUCUACUAUGUCACAGCAGGUCGAUACUUCUAGCAAAUUAUCAAGGUAUUGUUAAGUGCAGGGAGCUCAAUGUAAUAUGAUGAAUUCAACUCAAUUCUCUAGCUAAUCUCAUUGCUUACAGCUA